AUGGUACGAUUUUCAUAGUGAAAUUCCUGGCGCACUCAGUCUUUGCAUUUUUUGCCAUCUGUACAUGUAACGCAAACAAAAAAGACUGGUAAAAAUCUCGGAAAGAUUCUGAAAAUACGAUGCAAGGCCUUUGUGAUCAUUCUGUAGGGAUCAAAGGUCAAACCUUUCCGUUGAGGAAGGUAUCUAUAUACGGGUUUGAUGGCAGAAUGUUUAAUGGGAAAAGUAGAGCAGAGUAAUGCGGAAACGUAGAACAAUAAGAGACAAUCAUUAUCAGUACACACAAAUGGCUGAUAUCGGACCAGUAUCCAUGCUAGUACUAUUAAUCCUACUGAUAAACAACGCCGAAGUAGAAGGUCAGUGUAAAAUUCUCUCUAACUCCACGUCUGUGUGUAUGUGUCACUGCGCCAAAAACUGUCGGGGCGGAUGUCAAGUAUGUGACUUAGGAUGGAGCGGAUCCAAACGAAAUCACUGUCAAAAAGAACAUAUAAUGUACCAGAAACUUGCAUCUCAAGAUAAUACCUACUCAGAGUUAUUCAAUGCCAAUAAAGCCGUUGAUGGUGACAUACAGACUUACUCUAAAGUACAGGAGAGGAGUACCGCCGUGUGGUGGAGAGUGCAAUUAGACAGAUACCACAACAUCACCAAAAUCAACAUUACCAUGGACACAGGUGCCAAUAUAACUUACACAGUGUAUGUAACGGACGAGUCACUCGUAACAAACACUUAUUCUAUCUGUAACACUCUGAAGGUCUCCCAACACCAACAUAGACGAAACUUAAUGCUGGAAUGUUCGCGAGCGAUUCUGGGUACAACAAUUGAAAUCCAAGCACCUCCACAUAUGCAUUUGAUGAUAUACGAAGUAGACGCAACGUCAUGUGCCAACGGAUCAUACGGGGAUGAAUGCGGUCGGCUUUGUUCACCAGAAUGUCACAGAGCUUGUAAUGAAAUCACUGGAGAGUGCGACCAAUGUUCGGCAGGGUAUACCGGGCCGUCCUGUGCGUCAACGUGUUCUAGAUUCUGUGGAAGAUCAGGCUGUGACAAAACAACGGGAAGAUGUCACCAAUGUGCGAACGGACUUUGGGGUGCGAACUGCACCAAAACAUGUCCCAAAGAAUGUUAUUAUCACUGUCAAAGAGAAACCGGACUCUGCAAGCUUUGCAAUCGCGGACAUCUUUUCAAUAACGAGACCUGUGUAGAAUGCAAAGCUGGAUUUUACGGUGACAGGUGCUCUCAACUUUGUAGUAGCAAUUGUAGAGAUAGAGAAUGUAAUGUCGUGACUGGGAAGUGUACUCACUGUGUAGAUGGACGUCAUGGAGAAUUUUGUGAGCGGAACUGUUCAGUUAACUGCAAGAACUUUUCCUGUUCAGCAUUGACAGGGGACUGCUUGCUCUGUGAACCUGGGCAACACGGAGCACACUGUGCAGUAUGUGAAAGUGGAUAUUAUGGUGAACAGUGUGUAAACAUAUGUCCUUAUUGCAAGCUGGGGAAAUGUGAUCCUGUGAAUGGUACCUGCUUCUCAUGUCAGAAAGGAAAAUUUGGUGCAUUUUGCGAAAAUAAUUGUUCGUCGGUCUGUACAGAUAGACUUUGUCAUCAGAACGGGGAAUGCGUAUCCUGUCCCAACGGUCAUUAUGGUGGAUAUUGUGAACGUUUGUGUCCCGCAGUCAACUGCUUGAAUUGCGAUAAAACGAGUGGCGAGUGCUUGCAGUGCCACACAGGAAGAUAUGGCAGUGACUGUAGAAGUAUUUGUCCGGAUGAGUGUAGAAUGGAGUGUUUUAUUAACAAUGGAAGUUGUGCAUCACAGAUAACGCAAUCACAAUCUCCCACGGACACCCACUGGAUGGUAAAUUCCAUUAUAUUAGCAGGAACAGCAGUAUUAAUUGUAGCAUCCAUUGGUUUUCUUUUCAAGAUCUGUAGACUGAACCAAGAGAGAAAUCAAGAAAGUCAAACACCACAUGGACGACCCUUGACCUUUAGAGAACUAUCGUCAUCCCAUCAGUAUCAGUCUCUGGUGGAGGAUCAUUCCUAUGAAAACAUUAAUUUUGAGCAAGUGGAGACCGGUACGGAAGAUAUGGAGCCCAUGUCCGAAAACGCAUGUGCCGCCGAGAAAGAAUUUGAUGUGGAGAUGUAUUCGGAUCUGAAGCCUCCAGAAAGGUUUACCACACUCGGUUCUCUAAAUGGGGAACUUCUGAGACAACAGAGUGAACGUGCUUCUGUCAUUUCCACGCCGUGUGAAGCUGUUGUUGUAAGGGACGAUUCUUUGCGUGUGUCUUAUUACAAAAACUAAAUCAAAGGCUUUUCAGUUGUUGAUAAUCUCCUUAAAUUCUUCUUUAAAUAUUUGUGGCGCAUAUUAUACAAUUGAAUAUUAAUUUACUGUAAAAUAGAUACCAGUAACCGGGCGCAGUGGUCAGGUGGUCGGUGCGUUCGCUUCGUAAGUGGGAGAUUCUGGGUUCGAGUGCCUCGUCCGCGUCAAACCGAAGAUGUAAAAUUAUACUAAGUGAUUACAAAAAGCUCGGCAUUUAAAUGUGCGAGUCGUGUGUCUUUAUGAUGAGACCUUAAUUAAGGUUGCUCACUACACUAAAGCUAUAUGACACCAUGUCACAAGAUGGCGAUUUAAAUGUUUUGUGAAAUUAUUUGUAUCGAUCGAUUUGUUUGUUUAUCAUCGUAGCUCAGUGGUUAAAGCAUUGGGGUGGUGAACCGCAGAUCUCGAGUUCAAAUCCACCAGUCUUUUAUUCAUAUGUGUUGAAAUAUUUUUUUUGAAAAUCAUGUUUUUAUGCAAAUUUGUAUAUUUUUAGGCAUAUAUAUUUAUUGUAUAUUAUCAUAUCUUGUAUAAUUAAAUCAAUUCGUACUGUUUUGAGGAACUAUUUCUGGGUGUAGUGAACCACCUUAAAUAUAGAGUCCCGUGUCCCGGUCACGUUAAAAUCCCUCAUUACUACGGCAUUGAGCACCAUGCACGGGUGUAAAUACUAGUAUGUGGCACUUCACAGACAGCUGGUGACGUCUCAGCAUGAGUGAAUAAUUCUCAAAGGGACGUAAAACAAACUAGCGGUGGUUGAGGCGCUCGUAACUGGGAGGUUCUGUGUUCUAUCCUCCACCCUGACGCCACGUCAACCUUAAGACGUUUAACAUAGGCACUGUUUCUACAGUGCCAGACAGUAGAAGUGAAAGUCACGUGUAUUUCCGAUAUGACCUUCAAAACGGAGGUUCCUUGUCAUGAUAGACAUAGUUACCACGAUAAAGAACUCUCGCAGCUACGGCUAUGAAUACUUGUAAAUUGGUGUGUCCAGGGGUCCGUGUUUGCCCAACUAUCUAUUUUGCAUUGCUUAUAGGAGUUAUGAGAUUGAUCAUUGUUCGUUAUCUUCGUCUUUCACUCUAAUGUUUCUGAUCUAUUUAGGUGAAAUUUUUUAUUUACGAUGUUCAGACAUGCUACACCACGCGUCUAUCCAGGAGAGAGCAUUGGGAUCCACUCCACGCCAGUUUUUAACGUUUAGAUAUAAAAGUUUUUUAAAAAUACAUAAUUUUGCGCAUUUUCGUAAUGAAAUACUAAAUGUCAGACGCAGGUUAGCAUCCCAUUCGCAAAAGAUGUGCAUGUACAAUUAUAUAAAUAUAUAUACAUGUGUGUGUGUGAUAUAAUCUAAUAUAAUAUAAUGUUGACAUGAUAUACAUGUUGAAAGUUGUGUAUCCUAUAAAUAUGCAAAUAAAUGAUGAUUGUCUCCAUAUUUAAAA